GGCUGAUAGUGAAACUGCUGAUACCGAGCGCAGUCCGCUGCUGCCAUCCGGACUGAGAGUAACACGGAGCGUCGCACUGCGGUGUUACAGGAGCAGCAGAUGUCAGGUGAAUGCCCCAGCCAAUCGGCGGCCUUGGCGGGGAUGUUUGGUAUUCAGGAGAAUGGUGCGUCAUGGCAAGGCUGCUGAUUGGCUGCGGCAGUCAGGUGACCCUGGAGCACUAACCAAAGACAACUGCUGCUGUACACCGGAGCACCUACUAAAGACAUCAGAUGCUGAACACUGGAGGCAGAACGGGUGAUCACAGUGGGAGCGGAGCAGGAGAUUAGAAUCAUGGAGGAUGAGAUCGACGUUCCUUCUAUGUCCACAAAAUUGCAGAACACAUUGAUCCAGUACCACAACAUCCCAGACGAUGCAUGGAGUGUGGCUAAGAAAGCAAGCAAUGUCACUGUCUGGCGCAAACCUUCUGAGGAAUUUGGUGGUUGCCUCUAUAAAGUGGAGGGAGUUGUGAAAGAUGUCACAAACAGAAUCGUUGACUAUAUCCGACCAGGACCUUACAGGCUACAGUGGGACAGCUUGAUGACCACAAUGGAUAUUAUCAAGGAUUUGCAACAGGGUUGCUGUGUGAUGCGCUACACGACCGCUGGACAACUUUUGAACAUCAUCUCCCCAAGAGAGUUUAUAGACUUCUCCUAUACCACAAAAUAUGAAGAUGGCCUUUUAACGUGCGGUGUUAGUAUUGAACAUGAAGCGGUAAGGCCGCAUUGUGUCCGCGGAUAUAAUCACCCUUGCGGCUGGUUCUGUGUACCUCUCCAGAACAAUCCUGAGCACAGCUACCUGACCGGUUACAUCCAGACUGACCUGCGAGGGAUGCUUCCUCACGGCACGGUGGACUUUGCUAUGGCGGGCUCCCUAGUGAACUUCUAUAUUGACCUUAAGAAGGCCUUGAAGAAGUCACGGUCUUGAAGCAGCAUUUGUUCGCAAUACUCUGUGUUAUUAAAGGAUAACCAGCAGUGAGUGCUUUAGACUAGAUCAGUAUUUCCGAACCAGGGUGCCUCCAGCUGUUGCAAAACGACAACUCCCAGCAUGCCCGGACAGCCGAAGGCUGUCCGGGCAUGCUGGGAGUUGUCAUUUUGCAACAGCGGAAGGCACCAUGGUUUAAAAUGAUUGCAUAUUAACACUCCAUAAGGGCAGAAUAUUUUUUGACCGAAAAUGGCAAUGACCUAUAUUUUAAGAAAUGUAUUCUAUUUAGCUGACUGAAAUGUAUUUAUAAUAAUUUUGCAGUCACAUUUGCACAUGCUGCUUUGCCUCUAACUGGCUAAAUUUUAGAUAUAUUGGUUGUAAAGUUUCCGUCCAAAAAUAUGAGAUCGGCAGGGAUAUGCACAGAUAUGUGAGGGACGGGCUGAAAUGUAAAAAAAAGGUCACUUAUCAUAAUUAUUUCUACCCAGCACUGCCGAGGGCACUUUUAGGAGGAACAUCAAAAGGGCAGGGGCUCAAGCCCCCUUUCUAGUCACCCUGUGCACGUCCCUGGAGAUCGGAAUAUUAUAUAGGACAUGGUGCGGGAUUCAAGACAUGUCUAUGACCCCAAGGACCUUUCACCUACACACUGGCGACUUGGACAUCUUGUGACUUAAACCAGUGUUUUAGCCGAUCCCGCAUGUAUAGCAAUGCUUUGAAUGGGUUGCUUGUUGGAUGUCAUAAAUAUUGACCAUAAAUUAUAACCCUUAGUAAGUCACACACACAAUGUUUAUUCAGCUUUGUGCUUGUGGCAUACAUCAUGAAUGCACGAACACACAUACACAUGUGCCUAUAUAUAUAUAUAUAUAUAUAUAUAUAUAUAUAUAUA